AUGGCAUCAUCUAAGGAUCAAUCACUUUUGAAUAUUUAUUCUACACAAUUAACAAAUUUUAUUGUUGUAUCAUUAUUUGAAUUACGAUUAAUUGAUCCAUUUAUUGUUACAUUUCGAGCAUUAGCAAACAGAAAAAUGGUAGGACUUGAAGAGCAAUCAUUAAAUAUACAAUUAGUACCUAAAUAUUUACCAUUAAUUUUACAAAUAUUAUUAACAACGAAAAACAAAUAA